CUUUACUGGAGAGUCGGGCAGCUCUGCCUCUGCUACAGAUGUUCUCCUAAUUCUCUGGAUGGAUGCAGAGACUGAAGGGCUCAUACCUGCCAAGAGGACAGUAAUCUGAAUAACAGCUUUUACUGGCUGGAAUUUAUUGACCCGGCUUCAGAUUUAGCAACUCAUUCCUAAAGCUCCUCUCUCCUCCCCCAUCAGCCUCCUCUUCCUGCCUCCCUUCCUCUUUUUUUUCUGCCAUAAUUGUUUUCAUCUCCGCUCUGCUAUGCAUCGUAUCGACAGCUGCAUCAUUCCACCCUGCUGAGUUAUUGGGAAGCACCUCUCCUCUGUCUGUGUGUGUCAUUGGGUUUUAUUUGACUAAUUGUUAUUGGCUGACCGUAUUCUGCUUUAUGUUUAUUUGUUUGUUUUUUUUUUUAUUCCAUUGAUUGCACUCUGCUGCUCCACCUCUUCCCAGGCUAAGGGAAGCCAAAUAGGAUGUUCUCCUCUUCAUCCAGAAACUCUCUGUUCUCACCCUGGUCGUCCAUGGAGCAGUCGGACUCUGAAGUGUUGGACAUCAGCACCAAAGUGCAGCUGCAUGGCGUUCUGUGGAAGAGACCCUUCGGACGCCCGUCGGCCAAGUGGUCCCGCAGAUUCUUCAUCAUCAAAGACAGCUUUUUGCUCUACUAUGCAGAGAGUGAGAAGAGAAACUUUGAGACCAACAGGUACUUCAACAUCCACCCAAAGGGAGUCAUUCCUUUGGGAGGAUGUGUGGUGUCGGCUAACGAAAACAUGGGCAUGCCCUUCGCUAUUGAGAUCAACCUGGAAGACUUUACUGGAACCAUAGUACUGGCAGCUGAGUCUGAGGAGGAGCAGGUCCAGUGGAUGGAGAUGCUUCAGGACUCGGGCAAAGUGACGUGGAAGAAUGCCCAGCUGGGUGAGGCCAUGAUUGAGAGUCUGGAGGCCCAGGGGCUCCAGCUGGCCAAGGAGAAGCAGGAGUACCUGGAUAAACUGAUGGAGGAGACAGAGGAGCUCAGUCACCAGAGAGCACAAAGAGAGGAGCUGGAGCGUCUGAACCAGGUUCUGGAGGAGGAGAAAAUGAAGUUUGAGGAGGUGGUUUUGGAGCUGAAAGCAGAACAGGAGCAAAUCAAACAAGAUCUGGAUGGUACAGCCCAGUCCCUGAAAGGUGUGGAAAGUGAAAAAGAAGAGCUGAGCAGCCUUACCAUCAUGCUGCAGAAGUCUAUCGAGGAACUUUCUCAGGAGAAACAGCGAACUCUGGAGCUGCUGGGGGUGAAGGAGCAGCAUGAGGAGGCCGGGAUGAGAAAGGAGGAGCCGAAGCUGGAGGAAGGGGAGGAGCAUGGAGACGAGGAGCUGCUGCAGGACCUGAGGCAUAUUGAGGAGCAGAUGAAGAUCCUGCAGAAGGAGAAGGAGCAGGCUGAUGAUAAGCUCAGGGACAAUGAGCAGAGGGCUAAAAUCCUGCAGGAGGAGAGGGAGUACUACUCAUCUCAGGCCCGGACGCUGCAGCAGUCGCUGGCUCAGCUCAGUGUGGACAAACAGCAGACCGAGGCCGAGCUCAAGGUAGAAAUAGAGUCUAGGGUGGAGCUGGAGAAGAGACUGAAGCAGGCGGAGGAGGCUCUGCAGGAUCUGGAGAAAGGCCUCGACUCAUUGGACCGAACAAGAGAGAGGGAUGAGAGGAUGAAGGGGGAUGUCACUCAGCUGAGAAGAUUCUUCGAGGAGUGCAUCUGUGCAGCUGAGAUCGAGGCAAAGCUUCCAGCCAUCAUGAAAAAUGCUGUGUAUCUUCAUAAAGCGGCUGCACGCAGAAUAAAGAGCUGCCGAAUCCAGAGGAGAGCCUCCAGACGUCACUGGUUGAAACACUCCAAAUCAUUUGCUGUAGCCCGGCCCGAUGGCAGCAGCAUGGAAGAGCUGAGGGAGACAGCCCGACGACUCACUUCAGACAGCAGCUUCAGAGAGAGCGUAUUCCAGAUCAUUACUCGUAAAAACUCCACAACAGAUCACUGAGAGUAUGCAGAGAGAGACAGAAGAGGAGGAAUGGUCCUUAGCUUUACCUCAGUCCAGUGAUGUGAUACCUACAGAUCUGAUCCUCAUGUCAACAUCUGAAUAUGGAAUUGGUUAGGGGUUUAAGUUAUAGCAACCUUAAUGUGUGCAAUCAAAAGGAAGUAAAUGACUAAAUAGUAAACAGCAGAUUUCCAACUCUCUUGUAGACUAAAGAAAAAAACCUUCAGAUUAGUUUCAUUGUAAAGAGUAAAUAAAUUGUAACACUGCAAAAUCCAAAUGACAGAUUAUUUUAUAGACUAUUUUGGCAUUAUAUUACAUUUUGACAAUUAGAUACAACUCUUACAUUGUAUUUAGUUUCAUUUUACAUUGCAAGUGGUUUAAUUUUAAACAGCAAAAGGUUAGGACGAUCCUCAUGUCAACAUCUGAAUAUGGAAUUGGUUAGGGGUUUAAGUUAUAACAACCUUAAUGUGUGCGAUCAAAAGGAAGUAAAUGACUAAAUGUUCUUAAAAACAUAGGAAACAGCAGAUUUCCAACUCUCUUGUGGACUAAAGAAGAAACCUUCAGAUUAAUUUAAGUGUAAAAAGUAAAUAAGUUGUAACACUGUGCAAAAUCCAACUGACACAGAUUAUUUUAUCGACUAUUUUGGCAUUAUAUUACAUUUUGAGAAUUACAUCAAACUGUUACAUUGUAUUUAAUUUCAUUUUCCAUUGCAA